AUGAAAUUGAAUGCAUUUCUGGACGAACUUGAAUUAGCAAAAAAAAUUAUAUUAAUUAUUUUCGCCCUUUGUACAAUUGUUGGCAACACUUUGGUUUUGGUGGCAACCUGGAGAGAAGCAAGUCUUCAUCAACCAAAUAAAUAUUUUAUUGCUUGUCUGGCUGUCGCUGAUCUUUUGGUUGGUGUAAUUUUAGAACCAUUGAUGAUGUAUCAACGCAGUAUCGAUGUUGAAUCGCGACGUACCAUGUCUAAUCACCUAUGUCGUUUCAUAGCGUGGAUAGAUACCUUUCUGUUAUCAGCAUCUAUUUAUACACUGACAUUCAUCAGUUUUGACCGAUAUCUCAAGAUCACGAAGCCACUUCAAUAUAGAUCCAGAAUGACAACUUCCAAAUCAUUGAAAAUUAUCUUUGCCAUUUGGUUGAUUUCAACUGCCUUUGCCACCUACGCCGCCGCUCCUCAUUCAGGAGGCAAGGGCAUCUUGUUUACAAGCAUGAGAGAUUGCAGCGCUUUCGAUAAAAGUAAAAUAAAAGUAUUCUACACUUUUGUAUCAAUAGCUUUAUUUUUUCUACCCACCGUGGUUAUACUGGUUAUGUACGCUCUCAUUUUUGUUGUUGUUCGUAAUCGACAAAAAAUGUUGAGAAAUGGCGAACUGGGUCAAACCUGCAAUAAUUGGAACCAACGAAGUGCCUUUCUUAAAGAUCUGAAGACUAUUCGUAUUUUAUUGGUUGUUGUUGGAGUGUUUAUACUUUGUUGGGGUCCUCACUUUAUUUGCCAGAUGCUGGUGCACUACAAUUCAAAUUUUCGUGAUUCGGACAACCGCUCAUUGACUGACAG